UCCGCUUCCCCUGCGGCCUGUUCUGUCGGUCACCUCCUACUGCGUGCGCAGUUUACGGUGCACGGGACUCGUCCUCUCCCCGAUAAGCAGGAGGGAGAGGCCCGCGCUGAAAGAGCCAUCAUCGGUCGCAUGAUUUAGAGUGCCGAGCGCCGGUGUUUGUAUGCACAUGGAAGCGGAUGGUUUUGUGCGCAGGCGGCGGAUGACAGCGGACACUUCGGGCGGUGAUGCCGCCGUGGCCGGCGCUUCCGCGGGCGCGGAGAUCCAGUGGCUCGGCGGACGCUUCUGGGGAGUUUCGGACGGUCUCGUCGGGACGCUAGCACCUCAAAUAACAAAAGAACCGGAGCUUCACGUUGGACAUUUGUAUGGCUCCCAGGAAGCCAGUGACUUAUCUGAACCGGAAUAUGAGGGUUUGCCCCAAGGUGCAUCCACUAGUACUCACAUGUUGGCCGGGGCAGUGGCAGGAAUCAUGGAACAUUGCGUGAUGUUUCCUAUUGACUGUGUGAAGCCAUUCAGCUGUGGACUUGCUGGUGUGUUUUGGAUCAUUGUCCUGCUCCAGGACCCAAGUUCCCUUCAGCUUGAGGUCAAAAACAGAUGGCUGGACAUUAGGACUCGCAUGCAGAGCCUCCAGCCAGACCCAGCCGCCCGCUACCGUAAUGUGAUGGAUGCUCUGUGGCGCAUCGUGAGAACGGAGGGGAUAUGGAGGCCAAUCAGAGGCCUUAAUGCGACAGCUGUAGGGGCGGGGCCAGCUCACGCACUUUACUUUGCCUGCUAUGAAAGGUUGAAAAAGGUUCUCAGUGACAUCAUCCAUCCUGGAGCAAACAGUCAUUUGGCGAACGGCACCGCUGGAUGUGUUGCUACAUUGCUUCACGAUGCUGCCAUGAAUCCUGCUGAAGUGGUGAAGCAGAGGAUGCAGAUGUACAAUUCCCCGUACCGUGGCGUACUGGACUGCGUGCGCUGCGUGUGGAAGCAGGAGGGGGCGUUGGCCUUUUACCGCAGUUACACGACGCAGCUCACCAUGAACGUGCCGUUCCAGGCUCUGCACUUCAUGACUUACGAGUACCUGCAAGAGCUCCUCAAUCCCCAAAGACAAUACAACCCCUCUUCUCACAUGGUGUCCGGCGCUCUGGCGGGAGCCAUCGCCGCCGCCGCCACCACACCACUGGACGUUUGCAAGACCCUGCUGAACACGCAGGAGUCUCUGGCCCUUAACUCCGUCAACCAGAGCGGAAGACACAUUUCGGGCCUCGGCCACGCCUUCCGGACUGUCUAUAGGCUUGGCGGCCUGCCCGCUUACUUCAAAGGCGCUCAGGCGAGGGUCAUAUACCAGAUGCCCUCCACUGCUAUCAGCUGGUCCGUCUAUGAGUUCUUCAAGUACGUUAUUACCAAACACCAGCACGAGAAGCGCAGAGCCCAGCGGGACGGAGAGAAGUAAGCGCUCUCCCUUCGCCUGCAAAACCCCCAGACGAGCGCUCAAGAUGCAUAAGGACAGAUCAAUCGAAAUCGAUACGCACAUAUAAAGUCCAAACACUCACGCAUUUUAAUACUCUAAAAUUCUCACGGUGCCGGUUUUCUUCAUCAUGUCAUUAUAAACGAAAUCUAUUUUGCAGUCCUAACAAUCAGCCCCUAAAAAUUGAAUCCCACAAGGGGGCGUCAGAUGUCUUUUUAGGUUGAAGUGAAAAUAUGUUAAUGAGCGGGAGGUCUUUUAAUCGUGUGGGUUGGACUUCUCUCCUUUAUAUUCCCCUUUAAACCACAUUCAGAAAAGCAAACCCCUUUACCCCUUUCUUUCCAGCCAAACUAUAUACGCACAACUCUAUGUUCAGUAGAAAUUUGGAUUUUAAACGACCUGUAUAGUAAUUUAUUGCCAUUUCCAGCUGAAUGGCACUCAGAGAAAUUGAAAAUUUCUUUGUUAGAUGUAUUUUUGUAGGACUCGGUGGUGCCAUUUUGUCAGCACCGGUGAAAAAUGUGUCCCUGCAUUUAAUCAAAAGUCAGUUGUCCCUUCACAUUUGCCAAAAAUUUAUGGUGUCUGUAAAAGAUGGCACUUUGGUCAGGAUAAUUAUAAUUCAGUCAGCAAUGCCUUAGACAUGCAGAUCAUUUGUAUCCACAGCUAGAUUUCUCAUGUUUUUUUUUUUUUUUUUUUUGACUGUCUACACAGAGGUCCUUCUAAGUGAUAUGAUGAAAUGCAAUUUAAUAUUAUUAUUUUUUUUUUUGAUGGACACUGGAAUGUAUUUUGGUUUCCUUCUGUAUGAGAGUUUGGUCUGAAACGCACACAACAAUUGAGACUUACUGACAGAAGUUUGUCUUGUCCGUUCCUUUUGGUUCCUCAGCUUUCAAUAAACGAGCAGUGCAAGGGAUUUCCCUUGCUUGCAUAAGCUGG